AUCAACUCGCCUUUUCAUUUCCCAAAAAUAAAAAAAAUUAAAGCGAAAAAAAAGAAAGAAAUUCCCCCAGAAAAUUCAGCCGCGAGCCGCAGCCGUCGCCUCCGCCUCCGCCUCCGGUCUCCAUCUACUCGGAGCUCCCGGAUCGGGGGAGCGCUCGCCGCCGCAGCCGCCGAGGACGACUCGGCCCGGCCCCAGCGUCGUUUGCCGGAUCAGCGCGCCGCCGUCAGGGCCGAUCGGAGGAGGCCGGUCGGCGGGUGGAGAUGGACGGCGGCGUGGGUGUGCCGCACAGCUCGCGGAGGAGCUUAUCCUCGUCGUCCGGAUCCAGGAGGAGGGUCGGCGGCCCGGCGGAGAACGGGCACGACGGCGCCUCCGCCGGCAGGAGGUCCUCCGCCUCCAUCUCCCGCGCAUCGCCGUCAAUGACUGGGGAGAGAACCGUGAAGAGGUUGAGAUUGUCCAAGGCGCUGACGAUUCCGGAUCACACAACCGUCUAUGAGGCUUGUCGGAGGAUGGCCGCACGCAGAGUGGACGCUGUGUUGCUGACAGACUCCAAUGCUUUGCUUUGUGGGAUCCUUACUGACAAGGACAUAACCACAAGGGUAAUUGCUCGCGAAUUGAAGCUAGAGGAGACACCUGUUUCAAAGGUCAUGACUAGAAAUCCUCUCUUUGUCUUAUCUGACACACUCGCAGUUGAGGCAUUGCAGAAGAUGGUGCAAGGAAAGUUCAGACAUUUACCUGUUGUGGAGAACGGUGAAGUUAUUGCACUGCUCGACAUAGCCAAGUGCCUGUAUGAUGCUAUUGCGCGAAUGGAAAGGGCAGCUGAGAAAGGAAAUGCAAUUGCUGCUGCUGUUGAGGGUGUAGAGAAGCACUGGAGAGCUCCUGUACCUGGUCCUAAUAAUUUUAUUGAGACUCUUCGAGAACGGAUGUUUAGGCCUUCACUGUCUACCAUUAUCUCUGAGAAUUCAAAAGUGGUGACUGUUGCACCAACUGACACAGUGUUGACAGCAUCAAAAAAGAUGCUGGAACUGAAAGUAAGUUCAGCAGUUGUAGCAAUUGAAAACAAGCCUGGGGGGAUUCUGACCUCUAGAGAUAUUUUGAUGCGUGUUAUAGCCCAGAACCUCCCUCCUGAAUCUACUACUGUUGAGAAGGUCAUGACCCAGAGUCCUGAAUGUGCCACAGUUGACACUCCAAUCCUUGAUGCCCUCCAUACAAUGCACGACGGGAAGUUUUUACAUUUGCCUGUUUUAGACAAGGAUGGAAAUGUUGUAACUGUAGUUGAUGUCCUUCACAUAACCCAUGCUGCAAUUGCAACUGUUGGGAACAGUACAGGAACUGGAUCUGAGGCAACAUCUGCUAUGAUGCAGAGGUUUUGGGAUUCAGCAAUGUCCAUUGGACCUCUUGAUGAUGAUGAUGACUCCAGAAGUGAAGGAUCAACAAAAGUGGCAUCUGAGGCAACAGAUAUAGGAAGAUCAGCUUUUUAUCCGGCUUCUGGUUUGUCAAACACAUUUGGGUUCAAGAUUCAAGACAAACAAGGCAGGAUGCACAGAUUUAACUGUGAAACGAGCAGCCUGACGGAGUUGAUAACCAGCAUUCUGCAGAGGCUUGGCGAUGACAUCGAUAGGAAAAAUCUACCACAAAUCCUGUAUGAAGAUGAGGAUCAUGAUAAGGUCAUACUUUCAUCGGACAGUGACCUUGUAGCUGCUGUGGACCAUGCAAGGCAAAUUGGUUGGAAGAGCCUUAGAUUGCACUUGGAUUAUGCCGGUGUUGGUCGCCGGAAAAGAGGCGGUGGUGGUUCUUCAGAUUUCGAUUAUACUGGAAAGGAUGCAUGGGCUUCAGCCUACAGCGCUGUGGCUGCAGGGGCAGCUCUCGUUGCAGGCCUCGGCGUGAUGGCUUACCUGAAGAGAGCAGGCGCCUAACUUGAAGUUCCAAAGGUGUCUUUCAUAUGUAGUGAUGAUGAUACGAAAUGUGACAGCAUCAAAUUUGAGCAGAUUGGUGUGUAAUUAAUUCUUGUGGGAAAAAAUCUGUAAUAAUUUCACGGCAGCGGAUGGCCGCCUACAUAUAAUGAUGAAAUUUUGGUGGCUACAGAAAAAAGAAAAUCUGGUAUCUCCACGAUUACCAACAUUAUUCAGCUUGUAUCACCACUGUACAACGAAGCGUGCAUGCUCCUGUAUUGUUUGAUUGCCCAAUACAAAUCUUGCUGUUUGUUCGU